AAGAAACUGGUGAAUCUUUCGCUGUAUUCGAACAGGUUGAUGGGUCCUCUGCCUGAGAAGCUUGGAUCUUGGGCGCAAUUCGAUUUCAUCGACGUGUCUGAGAAUUUCUUGAGCAAGCCCACCCGAUAUGUGCAAGCAGGGCAGCCUGAAGGAGCUUCUCAUGCUUGACAACAAACUUACCGGCGAAAUUCCGGCAACCUACGCCAACUGUUCCACUCUAGCUCGUUUCAGGGUCAGCAAGAACGCGCUUACGGGUACCGUUCCCGCCGGAAUCUGGGGACUACCUAACGUGAAAAUAAUCGACAUCGAGUCCAAUAAUCUCCAGGGCCCGAUCACGUCCGAUAUCGAGAACGGCAAGUCUCUUGGGCAGCUGUUCGCCGGAAACAACCGCUUAUCAGGUGUAAUACCUGCCGAAAUCUCUGGCGCUACCUCACUGGUGUUGAUUCAGUUGAACGACAACCAGUUUUCAGGAAACAUUCCUUCAGGUAUCAGUGAACUGGAGCAUUUGAACGUUUUUCAUCUGCAGAACAACAGGUUCACUGGUUCAGUGCCAGCGACAUUAGGCUCCUGUGGCUCUCUCAGUGACGUAAACAUGGCAAACAAUUCACUUUCGGGUCAAAUCCCAUCCUCUCUAGGACGUCUACCGACUCUUAACUCUCUGGAUCUCUCCGACAACCAACUUUCAGGGACAAUUCCGGAGAGCUUUUCUUCUCUCCGGCUAAGCUUUCUCGAUCUUUCACACAACAGCUUGACCGGUCCCAUACCGCAAGCUCUAUCAAUCGAAGCGUACAACGGUAGCUUUUCUGGUAACCGAGGCCUCUGCAUCCUGGGCAUCACCUCCGUUUUCCCACGCUGUCCCUCCAGUUCCGGCAUUCCCAGUGACAUCCGGACACUCAUCAUUUGCUUCGCAGUAGGUUUGGCCAUCCUGCUUGUGUGUUUGGUAUGCUUCGUCUCCUCAAAGGAGGAAAAAGAUCAAGACCGUUCGUUGAAGAACGAAUCCUGGGACCUGAAGUCCUUCCAGGUGUUGAGCUUCACGGAGGGCGAGAUUCUUGGUGCCAUCAAGCCGGAGAAUAUGAUAGGAAAAGGUGGCUCCGGGAGUGUGUACAGAGUGCCACUCCCCAACGGCAAAGAGCUUGCGGUCAAGCACAUAUGGAAUGCAAAUUCAAGUACCAAUCGCUGGAGAAAGAUUCGGAGCAGCGCCACGCCGAUUCUCGGGAAGCACUCUGCCGGAAAGUCAAAGGAAUUCGACAGCGAAGUGCAGACAUUGAGCUCAAUAAGGCAUGUGAAUGUGGAUUGCAGCAUUACAAGCGAGGACUCGAGCUUGUUGGUGUAUGAAUAUUUACCAAAUGGAAGUUUGUGGGAUAUGCUGCACACGGGCCACCAAAAGAAGCAGCUCGAUUGGGAGACGAGGUACGAGAUCGCCGUCGGUGCGGCCAAAGGGUUGGAGUAUCUGCAUCAUGGGUGUGAAAAGCCAGUGAUUCACAGGGAUGUGAAGUCCAGCAAUAUACUUCUGGAUGAGUUCUUAAAGCCAAGGAUUGCUGAUUUUGGACUUGCUAAGAUUGUUCAGACCAAUGGUGGCAAGGAUUCCAGCCAUGUCAUUCCAGGAACACAUGGCUAUAUUGCUCCUGAAUAUGGGUACACAUGCAGAGUGAAUGAGAAGAGUGACGUGUACAGUUUUGGAGUGGUUCUGAUGGAGCUGGUGACCGGAAAAAGACCGAUGGAGCCGGAGUUCGGGGAGAACAAAGACAUAGUGAAUUGGGUUUCUGACAAUCUAAAGAACAAAGAGAGUGUUUUGGACUCUCAAAUUCCAAAGGCUUUCGAGGAAGAUGUUAUCAAGGUACUGAGAAUUGCAAUUCUUUGCACAUCAGCACUUCCAGAUCUUCGGCCCACAAUGAGAAGUGUUGUCCAAAUGCUAGAGGAAGCCACUAAGCCUUGCAAAUUGGGAAAAAUUAUCAUCACCCAAGAUGUUGGUGAGAGUAACAAAAAGGAUGUGACAGACACAAAAAAAUAAAGUUUAUUAUUUGAUGUGAUUUAACGUGAUAGUUAAAUUUAUUUUAAAAAAAAUUUAUAAAUUAAUAGUAUUAUAACAAGUCACAUCAGUUUAUAA